AUGAUCAAUCUUCUAAGGCACAAGCCAUUUCUUGAAUUGUUGGGCACGUCUGAGCCUGAUCAACAACAAGCACUACUGGAAACAGCAACCGCCGAACAAGUACACUGCCUGUGUCUCUGUGUAGAAAACGUUAUGAAAAGAAAAUAUUUAAUGUCGAAGCAUGUAAUGAAGAAACUCCGACAUUACAAAAAUGAAAUGCUUAGGUUGGUAGAUAGAGGAAAAUGUGGAAGAAGAAAAAAACGGAUACUCAUUCAGCAUGGUGAAGGUUUCCUUGGACUAUUACUAAGUCCUAUUUUGGAAAGCCUGGCUGAACUUGUAUAA